AUGAUUACAAAAUCCUUGAUUUUCGGUGCUUGUCUCCUUACAGUCAUUCUGGCCAAUUCAGUUCCAGAACAACACACUGGACGUCAGUAUUAUAGAGUAAGUUUAUAUUCAUUCACCUAUAUUGCAUACUUCUGCUUUCAGGUCAAAGGAACGUUUCGAUGUGGAACAGAACCAGCCAAGCAAGUACUUGUCAAACUGAUAGAUGAUGACUUUGGUUAGACUGUGACUUCGCUAUGUACAUUUUAAUGUUCGGCUUCAGGAUCCGAUCCAGAUGAUGACUUGGGCAAGGGAUACACCGACGCGAAUGGAGUUUUCGAAUUGAAUGGAUCCACGACCGAACUGACCACAAUUGACCCACAUUUAAAAAUUUAUCACGAUUGCGAUGAUGGAAUUAAUGUGGGACGAUAAUGAUGAUGAUGAUCGGACACAAGCUUUUCUAUUUCCAGCCAUGCCAGAGAAGAUGGAAGUUCGAGCUGCCAAACCAUUACAUCUAUUCUGAUUCCGAUACCCCAAAGACGUUGGACAUUGGAACCUGGAACUUGGAAGGAAUGCUGCCUGGAGAAAGCCGCGAUUGCAACCACUAA